GCCGCCCGCAGAGCUGCUCUAGGCGGUGCAGUUUGAGACAUCACAGAAUCCAUGCACAUGUCCAGUCUUCCAAAUCUCCGUCCUAGACAUGGGAAACAGAGGACUGGUACUGGUGAUGACUGCACCGGGCAUUCCUAUGCUGCUCCAGGGUCAGGAGGUUUGCGAGAGCAGGCCCUUCCAGUGGCCUCACGGUCCUCGGCUGGACUGGUCUCGAGUGCGCCAUCCUUCUGGCGACGCAGCCGCGUGGCUGCAGCUUUCACGCCAUCUCAUUGCGCUGCGGACUGGAAAGGGACACCGGCACACUGCAGAGCUUGGACCUGGGUCACCUUUGCAAGGGGACGGAGUGCAUGUGUUUUUGGAGCACGGAGGGAUCCUUGCGUACUUGCGUUGGUCAGAAGCAGAGGACAGCCGCGAGACGAGGCAUUGUAGGGCACGUUUGGCACUUGUCGUCGUGAAUUGGAGGAACCAGAGCUUUGAUAGCUAUACGUUUGGAGUACCUCCCUCGAAGAACUGGAGUUUGGCAUUGUCAGUUCCAGAAUCCGAAGACAGUGCCAGAGUGGAUGUGCAGGUCAAUCAGAUCGUUGCACAUGGCUUUCCUUGCUCCAUUGACAUACCCCUGCAGGCAUACUCAGCAGUGAUCUUGUUGCAGGAGAGCUGAGGAGAUCCACUUGGGCCCUGUGGGCUGAAAGGUAUUCGCCGUUGAUCGGUGUUGGUCAUAAUCGUUGGAAAUCGAUCAAAAGCAGUCUUCAAAAGACGAAAAUGUAUCCACAUGUCUCCCUGCUGCUGCAGCAUUUGAUAGUUUCUGAAGAGCCAAAUGACUUUUCUCUAGCAACCGGGCUCAGGGACAAAGCUGUGUGAUAGAACUAUGUCGCACUAUGCCCUAAGCCAAGGUAACGGGUCAAAAGAUGACCAUGACUGUUUCCACGUUUGCGCACGGUAUGGAAAAGACUGAAGCACCCAACGUUGAACUAGAUUGGUCAGUUACACAUUCACAGCUUGAUCUAGGAACGCAUUGCUUGGUGCUAUUCUCAACAAACACUUUGUGUGGAGGCGCUGUGCGAAGACAUAAUCCGAAAAUCCAUAUCCAUCGACAAUGUCGUCCAGAUCAUGAUGACAGCGAAGGCACAUCGCGCCGACGGCCUCAAGGACAUUUGCAUGGAUUUUUUCAUCACCAAUGAAGAGAAAAUCAAACCCACUGCAGCAUUCAGAGAGCUUAUCCAGGAGCCCACGCUUAUGUACGAGCUUCUGAUGCGGCGAAAACCCACAAAGUGAGGGGUGUACUUAAAGGGUUUGGCAACCCUGCGAGCAGAAAGCCUCCUAACAUUGUGAUAUAUGGCCCAUGCAGCCACGAAC